UAUUAUUUUUUUAACACGUAUACUGAGUGCGCCGAAAGAGUGCCAGUCGGGAUAUCAAGUUUUGCGCAUCUUCCUGCUAUCAAAACUGGUUUCCCUAUGGCAGAGUGACGUUGGGGAUUCGCAGUAAAACCGAUUUUGGUUGCCGUCGACUUUCGCUCUCUCAGCGCACUCAGUAUAGUAACCGAUGAUCGUUGUAUCAGUAAAGCGGAAUUGGUCGUGAUUCGUAUAACUUUAAAUUAUACACACCAUGGUAUAAUAUAAUAUUUUAUUUGUAGAAUUGAACUAAUAUAGGUAUUUUAUUGUAAUCCGGAGUGAGUAGAACGAUGGUUGACGAAAGUAAAAUCGUCAGUGAAUAUACAUCAAUAAAAUAUGGUUGGAUGGCGACGUUGGCUCAAUUGUUGGCUACUAUAGCGCAGAGUUUUCUGUCAAUCGGUUGGGGCAUGCAAUUAUCAAUAUCGGCAAUUGUUAUACGUCACUUACAAGGAAAUACUGAAAGUGAUUUUUCAAUAUCACUAACCGAGGCGUCUUGGUACGGGAGUAUAUUGUUUAUAAUUCACCCAUUUGGAUGUUUUCUAUCGGGAGUCUUACAAGGGAGGUUCGGAAAAAAGUAUUGCAUGAUUUUCGCAAAUAUUCCUAGUACCAUCGGAUGGACUUUACUGUACUUAGCUCAGUCGUCGCUUUUUCUCUACGCGUCGACACUUCUGAUGGGAUUCAGUAUCGGCGUCGGUGCUGGUGCAGUACACGCCUACAUCGGGGAAAUAACAGAACCAAGACUCAGAGGCGCCAUGGCUUCGCUAACGAAUACAGCAGCUUUAUUUGGAAUGUUGGUAUCUUUUACUUUGAGUUCAUUUUUUGACUGGCGAACUGUUGCAUUGUUGAGUACUCUUUGUCCGAUAAUUUGUAUAUUGUUAAUCAUUUUUAUCCCAGAGUCUCCUAUUUGGUUAAUCGCUAAAGGUAAACACGAAAAAGCUGAGAAGGCCAUUUGUUGGCUUAGAGGAUGGGUAGACUCUGAAACAGUUAAACCCGAACUAUCUAAUCUAUUACAUUAUAACAAUGUAUCUGGAACGAUUGGAACGCAAGAUAGCAAUGUUGUUACUAAUGAUAGUAAAAAUUUGCUAUCAAAAUUAGCUCAAUUUAAGAAACCAUCGGUUUAUAGGCCGAUGAAAUUAAUAAUGAUCUAUUUCUUCACGUCGUAUAUAGUUAACCUUACUCCUGGUAAACCAUUCAUUGGUAAAAUAAUGACAGAAGUUGGUUUGCGAGAUCACCAAAGUAUAUGUUUGAUUAUUUUUUCCAUUUUGCAAAUGAUUGGGAGUGUGAUAUUGAUUUUAACUAUACGUCGUUUCCGGAAAAGAUUUUUGACGUUAGUAACGAUAUCGAUAAACUCUGCUUUAUUAUUAUUAUUUAGUGUAUAUAUCGUAGCUAUGAAAAACAAUUGUAUUAAAUCGAUACAAUGGAUUCCUUUAACAUUAAUCGGCGGUAUUUACCUAUCUGGCGGUAGUGGUGUAGCAUGCAUACCCUGGAUGUUAAUUGGCGAAGUGUUUCCAAACAAGUACACCGUUUAUAAAAAAUUUGAUUUAAAUCGAAUAUACAUAUGUAAAUUAAUCAAACAUCGAUUCAUCGCGUGAAUUAUAUUAUAGUAGAAAAUCAUUGUGCGUAAAUUUAUAAUAGGUAUAGUAUUUAUAAUUAUAAUCUCUUAAUAAAUAUAGAUUUUAUAUAGGGAUUUGAAAAAUUGCAGUUCUAAUGAGCAUUUAGUCACUAUUUAUUUAAGUAUAAAAUUGAGUGUUUUUUUUUAAUAUCAGUGCUUGUUGAGUUCGGAACGUAUUUCAGUGGUCAAUUUGAUUUUCACGUUGAAUCAACUUUGUGAUGAGUUUAACUCAAUGAACUAAUUCUCGAUGAAUAGACGUAUCCCCAUUAUUAUAAUUAUUUGUAAGAUAUUUUUUAAAUGUUGAUCGUAUUGAUUUUAAAAUUAUGUGAUUUUACUUUUUUUUUUUUUUGCGAUCACAUUUUGG